AUGACUUCGCAGUACGUCAUAAGUUGCCAAAUAUCUGCUAUUGGACGAUUUUUUGCAGUUGAUGCCGGAUCGAGUGGAGCAGUAUGUGGUGGAGGAGGAGGAGGAGGGGAUUCAGCAUUGGCCAAUGAAUCAGCGUCGCUGACGAACAACAUUCUAUCAGCAGGAAAGCUGCGUCAGCAUCGAUCACUGCAACACUUCUCCAGAGCCACAGCUAAAUACACGUCAACUUCCACUGACAAGAAAAAAGAUACAGUCAAACUGUGCUUUUUCAAGUUGCGAUUGCGCGGAAUUGCGAAUGCAAAGCAGUCACCACACUUGGCAAUGCCACUGGUGGAUAGCAACCACGUGGCUAACGAUGCAGGUGGAGAAGUGUGCGACCACUAUUCGGAGGCCUCUGCCGACAAGGAGUCCACCUACACGUUCAGUCGUCAUGCCAUACGAUCCAACUACAUGGAUAAGAGCAUCGAGGCUAAGAAAAAGGUGCCAUUCAUUCCACUUGAUUUGAUCUUGUUAAAAUAAUGUUCCUAUUGAUAACUGA